AAAACAGAAAAAAAAAAAAUUAUUCUUCGUCUUCAAUUUAAAUUCAUAAUCCACGAUUCUGGUUCGAGGCUUUCAGCAGUGAGAGUAAAAUCGAAACAAGCCCUUCAGAUGGGAGAUUCAACAUUUCUUGAUAGAAUGCUUCUCCAGCUUCGCUCCACUUGCAAGUAUUACAGCGGCUAUCCUAAGGAUCUCGGGCCAUCGCGGGUUCUUCAUUUUACAUCAGAAAGAGAGUUUGUCCAACUCCUUCACCAGGGUUAUCCAGUGGUUGUCGCAUUCACCAUAAGAAGUAACUACACACAACAUCUUGACCGGAUGCUUGAGGAAGCUGCUGCUGAGUUCUAUCCUAACAUAAAGUUUAUGAGAGUUGAGUGCCCCAAGUAUCCCGGAUUCUGUAUAACUCGUCAGAAAAGCGAAUAUCCUUUCAUUGAAAUCUUCCAUAGCCCACAACAAGCGGGUAAUGAAGGUAAGGUACAGGAUCCAAAUGUCACUCGGUAUUCAGUGAAAGUUGUACCUUACAAUUAUGAUAUGAGUCCUUAUGGAUUCAGAGAAUUUUUCAAGCGCCAGGGAGUUCGUACUUCGGAUCCCAAAUGAAGCAAUUUAAAGCCCGGUAUGAUUCGAAAGGUUUUCAAGUGUAUCGAUGGCUUCGUUGAGAUACCUAUGACUGUUUUUAAAACUAUUGUAAUACUAAAUUUCUCUUUUGCCUUUGAAAUAACGAAAGAAAUAAAUGCUUAUGAUGUCUGAUAUGAUGCUCCAAGUUGUUCAAUUUGCAUGAAUCAAUAAUCAGUUAAUAUU